AUGGUACCUGUGACAGCCGAAAGAAAGAGGUCUGUACCUGAUAUUUCAUCCAGUGAACCAAAAAGGCUUCACGCGCAAGGAUCGUCUAAAAAGCUUGGGAAAAGAAAAUAUAAAGCGAAAUCCGUUGAACCAACUUCUCCGUCUGGAGUUUUGCAAUAUGAAAUCAAGGAGAUGCUCAAGAGUCAUGAAAUUUCAGAGUCUGAAAUAUUCAAUGAUAUGAGAUCUGUUUUAAAUGAUGGAAGUAUGCAAGAAAAGUAUCAUAGAAUAGUGAAAAAUGUUACGGUGCUUCGCCUUUCAUCCAAUGGAGAUGGUUUAGCUAUAAUACCUCAUCCCAUAGAUGACAGUGGUAAACAGAUUUGUAUAAUACCAUUUGGGCUCCCAGGAGAUGUUGUAGACAUCAAAGUUUUCAAGACCCAUCCAUUAUAUGUUGAAAGUGACCUUUUGGGUAUCACCAAAGAAUCCGAUUUAAGAGAUGAUAAGUUGAUCAAUUGCAAAUAUUUUGGGAAAUGUUCAGGAUGUCAAUUUCAAAAUGUUGAUUAUGACAGGCAAUUGAUCCUCAAAAGGUCAACCAUUAUGCAUGCGUAUGAGAUCUUCGCUCCAAGGCUUUCGUCCAAAGAAGGCUCUUUGCCUGAAAUAAGCAACACGGAACCCUCUCCACUAGAAUAUGGUUACAGAACAAAACUCACACCACAUUUCAAUUUACCUUACAAAAAGCCUGAAGAAUAUCCAAGACCACCCUUAGGUUUUGGUGCUAAAGGUCGACCAAAAUGGAGAAAAGAAGCUCACGGAGGUGACUUUUCCAUUUUAGACAUCGAGGAUUGCCCUAUUGGAACUGAUAUUAUAAACAAAGGUAUGAAACAAGAAAGAGAUAUUUUUGAAAAAGAUUAUAUGAAAUACAAGAAAGGUGCCACUAUACUUUUGAGAGAAGAUUCAAAAGUCGUUGACAAAAAGCCUGAUAAUAACUCUGAAAAUGGAUCGGUUGUGACAUACCAAAACCUCGAUGAUUCUAGGAUUUUGAUGAAGACUUGUGUUACUAAGUCCCGACAGAUUGUUACAGAAUAUGUUAAUGGUUACACUUUUACGUUUUCUGCUGGUGAGUUUUUUCAGAACAACAACUCAAUACUUCCUGUCGUUAUCAGCUACGUGAAAUCAAAAUUAGAUAUUGACAAUUCACCUGAUAUGAUAAAGAAUGAGCCGCUAUAUUUAGUCGACGCUUAUUGUGGCUCAGGUCUUUUUUCUAUUACAUGCUCCGAAAAAGUCUCUAGCGUCAUCGGUGUCGAGGUAAGUGCAGAUUCUGUCCAAUUUGCACAGAGGAACGCGAGAGAGAAUAACAUACACAAUGCUAAGUUCAUAGUGGGAAAAGCUGAGAAAAUAUUUGCAAAUAUAGAUUCACCUCCACUGAGAACUUCUGUAAUUUUGGAUCCUCCAAGAAAGGGUUGUGAUGAGGUUUUUCUUCGACAGCUUGCAGAAUACAACCCUGCUCGCAUUGUCUAUGUGAGUUGCAAUGUUCAUUCACAAGCGCGAGACAUCGAUUGGUUUAUAAACUGCACCGAGAAUGGCUCUAAGUAUAUUGUAGAAAGUAUCAAGGGAUUUGACUUCUUUCCUCAAACCCAUCACGUCGAAAGUGUUGCAGUCCUUGCAUUAAAAUAA